AUGGCUAAUUACAAGGCGAAAGAACUCCCGCCCCUGCCUGAGCAAGCCGACCUAAGCGGUAAAGGCAAAGAUCGCCCCCCUGUCGCUCGGCCUCUAGUCUUACCAAGACAGUCUCCCAAGUACCAAGCCACUGCUGAUGAAAUGAGACGACAACUGGGUCAGCUUCAGGAACAAAACAAGACGCUUUGUCAGUCUCUACGUGCGAGUGACGAGGAGAAUAUUAUGCUGCGAAAACAAAUUACCGCCUACAAGCAAUACAUUAAAAAGCAGGAUAGUGGGCUAGCGGAGGUCAUCAAGGCAAUUUGCUCCGCGUUCCAAAGCUAUCGAGAGACAGUGGUGGAGGUUACUAAACAGGCAACCAUGAGCGAGGAGAUUGCGCAGUGUGAGAUGGAAGCCGCAGGGAGGCUGUUCCCUCCCCAGUUGUAG